AUGAUUAAAUUGCCUUCUUGCUAUCAAAAAUCCUUGUCCGAUCUAAAAUUCAUUGAUUUAUUUGCGGGAAUUGGUGGUUUUCGUUUAGCCUGGGAAAGUUUUGGAGCAAAAUGUGUUUUUAGUUCUGAAAUUAAUAAAUAUUCUUGCUUAACUUAUGAGAAAAAUUUCGGGGUUAAUCCUUAUUCAGAUAUUCGUCAAGUAAAAUUAGCAGAAAUCCCCCAGCAUGAUAUUUUAUGUGUGGGGUUUCCUUGCCAAGCAUUCAGUAUUAGUGAAAAUGUGCCUAAUCUCUUAACUCAUGACAAAGAAAAAACUUUUAAUUUUUUAGUGGAAAAUUUGGCAAAACUAAAUUACCAAGUUGAAUACCAAAUUUUAGAUGCCAAUGAUUACCAAUUACCACAAAGCCGUCGACGAUUAUUUAUUCUUGGUUUUCAAAAAGAUAAUUUUCUGUUCCCAGUCAAGUACUCUUUUCCACAGGCUCUACCAGCCGAAAAAACUGUAAAAGAUAUUUUAGAAAUUGGAGCAGACAAGCCCAGCAUCAAGGGAACCAUCAGCAAAGGCGGUCAAGGCGAAAGGAUUUAUAGCAUCGAUGCUCCUGCUAUCACUCUUUCUGCUUUUAGCGGUGGGUAA